AUGGUUGGCUGCGGACUCCUGUCUUCGCUCCUGCAGCGCGCAAAUUCGGCGCGAUCGAACAAAAGGAGACGCUUUCGCCGCUCUCUGAGUGACGUUCACAAAGGUUCUGGCGGGACGGUGACUUCGUCUGACGAAGACGGUUAUGAAAGUUCAGAGUCAUGGCAACAUGUUGCGGAAACUCGCCAAAACCAAGAGGUACACCAGAAAGGUGAUGAGCCGCAGGAUGCGGUCAACACAGACCCUGGACUCUUGAAAAAACAUUCGCUGUACCUGUCUUAUAAGACAUCCGUCGCCGAAUAUCCUUCAAUAAGGACGUUCAACCGCCCACAUCCGCAGAUGGACAAGUUACCGACCACGCCAUCGCCGAUUCCCCUCCUAGUAUUCGUACACGGGCUAGGUGGGUCUCUGGCGCAGUUCAACCAUCUCCUCACAAGCCUUUCAAAUGUCGGUCCUUGUUUUGGUAUCGAUUUACCCGGCUGCGGGUUGUCAUCUUUUGCGCCUACCGCGUGGGAUGCGUACACAAUCGAAGCUCUAGCGGAGUUGCUUGCCACAGCUAUUGACCGUCAUCGCGAUAAAGAGGCUGGUCAGAAAGUGGUUCUGAUUGCGCACAGUCUGGGAUGUUCUCUAUCAGCAAUGCUAACAUCCUCAACCUCACCACUCAAACAUGAGUUGAAGGAUCAUAUCCUUGGCCUCGUUGCUAUUUGUCCUCGCGCAUCACCUCCAUCUCCCAAGGAAGUGUCGUCCCAUCGUCGUUUGCUUUAUAUCCCUGAUUCGAUAUUCAAUCUCUGGCGACGCUGGGACAGACGCGGUGGCCUGUACAGCAAUAGUGUCAAUAGGCUCGUUGGCGCAGGUGCCGAUGAGGAAACUCGCAGCCUUCAAAUCCGUUUCAACAAACAAAGCAAGACUCCUGUUUGGAAGCGCAUGGUUUGGGGCACUCUUCCUUCAUAUUCCGGACCUAAUAGUAAACCUAUUAGUGGUCUCCCUGGACAGGAGGUUUGGGCCGGUGUGAAAACACCAAUUCUACUUAUUGGUGGGGAAUCGGACAUGGUGACAAGGCCAGUCGAACUCCAGAAGCUUUUAAGAGCCCUCGGUGACACUGGUAAUGAUAAAACCAUGGACGAAGAUGCAGAUGGCAGCGUUGCUGCCUCCGAAGCUUCCAUGCUUCCCGACUCUCUGGCUCACGAGGAGAAGCUCGGCAUCGAGCCGCAGCUUAAGGAGAAGGUCACAAAUGAGUCCAACGGUUUACCAAGAAGCAAACGCUCGGUUAAAACAGUCAUCCUUCCGGCGCCGGCAUCUCACGCCCUCCUGUACGACCGUGCGACAUACCGCACUCUUGCAGGUAUUAUCCAGGACUUCGUUUCCCAACAUGCAGACCACAGGCUGAACCUCGGGUGGCAACUGCAAUAUCUGAACACGUCGGGUAAAUGGGACGUGAAGAAUCUGGCGAAGUGGAAGAAGGUGCCUCCAGUUUCCGAUCGUAUUGCCAAUACAUUCGUCGCGCUCAAGAUGCUGCGUGAAGUCGACGAAGAACACAACCCAGUUCUCUUCUCAAAAGCACACCGCGAUAAUAUCUACACUGUGAUAGAUAUCAGCCACGAGAGCCCUGUCUACAACCCAGCUUCUCUGGAGGCUGGCGGCAUUCAUUACCAAAAAUAUCCGACCGUGUCCAAAAUUCCUCCAACACCAGAUGAAGUCCGCGACUUUAUCGCGCUGGUGGAUCGCCUGCAGAAGGAGAUCACCGAAAAAAUGGAGAAAUCUAAUACCAGCGGCGCCGCCCGUCUCCGGCCUGUGGUCGGUGUACACUGCCACUACGGCUUCAACCGAACCGGCUUCUUGAUCGUUAGCUACCUGAUUGAGCGAUGCGGAUUCGGUGUCCAAGAAGCCAUUGAUGAGUUCGAGAAGCGUCGUCCGCCAGGAAUCAGACAUGCACACUUCAUUGAUACAUUGUUUGUGCGUUAUUGCGUUGGCUUGAAGAGGGCACCUACGCUCUGA